CUGUUUUGGAAAGAAGUGAGGUUUAGACUUCUCCAUGUUAACCAUGAGCGUGACACUUUCCCCCCUGAGGUCACAGGACCUGGAUCCCAUGGCUACUGAUGCUUCACCUAUGGCCAUCAAUGUGACCCCCACUGUGGAGCAGGGUGAGGGAGAAGAGGCAAUGAAGGACAUGGACUCUGACCAGCAGUAUGAAAAGCCACCCCCACUACACACAGGGGCUGACUGGAAGAUUGUCCUCCACUUACCUGAAAUUGAGACCUGGCUCCGGAUGACCUCAGAGAGGGUCCGAGACCUAACCUAUUCAGUCCAGCAGGAUUCGGACAGCAAGCAUGUGGAUGUACAUCUAGUUCAACUAAAGGACAUUUGUGAAGAUAUUUCUGAUCAUGUUGAGCAAAUCCAUGCCCUCCUUGAAACAGAGUUCUCCUUAAAGCUGCUGUCUUACUCUGUCAACGUGAUAGUGGACAUCCACGCAGUGCAGCUCCUCUGGCACCAGCUUCGAGUCUCAGUGCUGGUUCUGCGGGAGCGCAUUCUGCAAGGUCUGCAGGACGCCAAUGGCAACUACACUAGGCAGACGGACAUUCUGCAAGCUUUCUCUGAAGAGACAAAGGAGGGCCGACUUGAUUCUCUUACAGAAGUGGAUGACUCAGGACAAUUAACUAUCAAAUGUUCUCAAAAUUACUUGUCUCUGGAUUGUGGCAUUACUGCAUUCGAACUGUCUGACUACAGUCCAAGUGAGGAUUUGCUCAGUGGGCUAGGUGACAUGACCUCUAGCCAAGUCAAAACCAAACCCUUUGACUCUUGGAGCUACAGUGAGAUGGAAAAGGAGUUUCCUGAGCUUAUCCGAAGUGUUGGGUUACUUACGGUAGCUGCUGACUCUAUCUCUACCAAUGGCAGUGAAGCACUUACUGAGGAGGUAUCUCAAGUAUCUCUCUCAGUAGAUGACAAAGGUGGAUGUGAGGAAGACAAUGCUUCUGCAGUCGAAGAGCAACCAGACUUAACACCGGGCGUGUCAUCAUCUUCAGGAGAAGCUCUGACAAAUGCUGUCCAACCCUCCUCUGAGACUGUAAAGCAAGAAUCCAGUUCCUCCUCCCAUCUUGGUGCAAAGAAUCAGCAGCCUGUUCCUUGUGAAAAUGCAACCCCCAAGCGAACCAUCAGAGAUUGCUUUAAUUAUAAUGAGGACUCUCCCACGCAGCCCACAUUGCCAAAAAGAGGACUUUUUCUUAAAGAGGAAACUUUUAAGAAUGAUCUGAAAGGCAAUGAUGGAAAGAAGCAAAUGGUUGAUCUAAAGCCUGAGAUGAGCAGAAGCACCCCUUCACUAGUAGAUCCUCCUGACAGAUCCAAACUUUGCCUGGUGUUGCAGUCUUCCUACCCUAACAGCCCUUCUGCUGCCAGCCAGUCUUAUGAGUGUUUGCACAAGGUGGGGGAUGGGAAUCUUGAAAACACAGUCAAAUUUCACAUUAAAGAAAUUUCUUCCAGCCUGGGAAGGCUUAACGACUGCUAUAAAGAGAAAUCUCGACUUAAAAAGCCACAUAAGACCUCAGAAGAGGUGCCUCCAUGCCGAACACCUAAACGGGGGACUGGUUCAGGCAAACAAGCUAAAAAUACAGAGAGCUCAGCAGUGCCAAAUGGAGAGCUUUCUUGUACUUCCAAGGCCAUAGAGGGGCCACAAACAAAUUCUGCUUCUACAUCCUCACUUGAGCCUUGUAAUCAGAGAAAUUGGAAUGCCAAAUUGCUAUUGCAGUCAGAAACAUCCAGUUCACCACCUUUUACUCAGAGCAGUGAAUCCUCUAUUGGCUCAGACAACAUCAUGUCUCCAGUGCCACUUCUUUCAAAACACAAAAGCAAAAAAGGUCAUGCCUCCUCUCCAAGUCACGUCACCAGGAAUGGUCAGGUUGUGGAGGCCUGGUAUGGCUCUGAUGAAUACCUAGCACUGCCCUCUCAUCUUAAGCAGACAGAAGUAUUGGCUUUGAAGUUGGAAAACCUAACAAAGCUUCUGCCUCAGAAACCCAGAGGAGAAACCAUCCAGAAUAUUGAUGACUGGGAACUGUCUGAAAUGAAUUCAGAUUCUGAGAUCUAUCCAACCUAUCAUGUCAAAAAGAAGCAUACAAGGCUAGGCAGGGUGUCUCCAAGCUCAUCUAGUGACAUAGCCUCUUCACUAGGGGAGAGCAUUGAAUCUGGGCCCCUGAGUGAUAUUCUUUCUGAUGAGGAGUCCAAUAUGCCUCUCUCUGGCAUGAAAAAGUAUGCUGAUGAGAAGUCAGAAAGAGCUUCAUCCUCUGAGAAAAAUGAGAGCCAUUCUGCCACUAAAUCAGCUUUAAUUCAGAAACUGAUGCAAGAUAUUCGGCACCAAGACAACUAUGAAGCCAUAUGGGAAAAAAUAGAGGGGUUUGUAAACAAACUGGAUGAAUUCAUUCAAUGGUUAAAUGAAGCCAUGGAAACUACAGAGAAUUGGACUCCCCCUAAAGCAGAGAUGGAUGGCCUUAAACUGUAUCUGGAGACACACUUGAGUUUUAAGUUGAAUGUAGACAGUCAUUGUGCUCUCAAGGAAGCUGUGGAGGAGGAAGGACACCAACUUCUUGAGCUUAUUGCAUCUCACAAAGCAGGACUGAAGGAUAUGCUGCGGAUGAUUGCAAGUCAAUGGAAGGAGCUGCAGAGGCAAAUCAAACGGCAGCACAGCUGGAUUCUCAGGGCUCUGGAUACCAUCAAAGCCGAGAUACUGGCUACUGAUGUGUCUGUGGAGGAUGAGGAAGGGACUGGAAGCCCCAAGGCUGAGGUUCAACUAUGCUACCUGGAAGCACAAAGAGAUGCUGUUGAGCAGAUGUCCCUCAAGCUGUACAGCGAGCAGUAUACCAGCAGCAGCAAGCGAAAAGAAGAGUUUGCUGAUAUGUCAAAAGUUCAUUCAGUGGGAAGCAAUGGGCUUCUGGACUUUGAUUCAGAAUAUCAGGAGCUCUGGGAUUGGUUGAUUGACAUGGAGUCCCUUGUGAUGGACAGCCACGACCUGAUGAUGUCAGAGGAGCAGCAGCAGCAUCUUUACAAGCGAUACAGUGUGGAAAUGUCCAUCAGACACCUGAAAAAGACAGAGCUGCUUAGUAAGGUUGAAGCUUUGAAGAAAGGUGGCGUUUUACUACCAAAUGAUCUCCUUGAAAAAGUGGAUUCAAUUAAUGAAAAAUGGGAACUGCUUGGGAAAACCCUAGGAGAGAAGAUCCAGGACACAAUGGCAGGGCACAGUGGGUCCAGUCCACGUGACCUGCUCUCUCCUGAAAGUGGAAGCCUGGUAAGGCAGCUGGAGGUCAGGAUCAAAGAACUGAAAGGGUGGCUAAGAGAUACAGAGCUUUUCAUCUUCAAUUCCUGUCUGAGACAAGAAAAGGAAGGAACAAUGAAUACUGAGAAACAACUGCAAUACUUUAAGUCCCUCUGUCGUGAAAUCAAGCAACGACGUCGAGGAGUUGCCUCCAUUCUGCGACUAUGCCAGCAUCUUUUGGAUGACCGGGAGACUUGCAAUCUGAAUGCAGACCACCAGCCCAUGCAGCUGAUCAUUGUAAAUCUUGAAAGAAGGUGGGAAGCCAUUGUCAUGCAAGCCGUCCAGUGGCAAACACGUCUACAAAAGAAGAUGGGAAAAGAAUCUGAGACUUUGAAUGUGAUUGAUCCUGGCUUGAUGGACCUAAACGGGAUGAGUGAGGAUGCCCUGGAAUGGGAUGAAAUGGACAUAAGUAACAAGUUAAUUAGUCUGAAUGAGGAAUCAAAUGACCUUGAUCAAGAACCCCAACCUGUCAUCCCUUCCUUGAAGCUUGGAGAGACAAGUAAUGAGGACCCUGGUUAUGACGAGGAGGCUGAUAACCAUGGGGGAUCUCAGUAUGCCUCAAAUAUUACUGCCCCCUCCAGUCCACACAUUUACCAAGUGUACAGCCUACACAAUGUUGAACUCUAUGAAGACAACCACAUGCCAUUUCUGAAAAACAAUCCAAAGGUCACUGGCAUGACACAGCCUAAUGUUUUAACUAAGAGUCUCAGUAAAGACUCUUCAUUUUCAUCUACCAAAUCUUUGCCAGAUCUUCUAGGCGGUUCCAAUUUGGUAAAGCCCUGCGCAUGUCACGGAGGAGACAUGAGCCAGAAUUCAGGCAGUGAGAGUGGAAUUGUCAGUGAAGGAGACACAGAAACCACUACCAACUCUGAAAUGUGCUUGCUCAAUGCAGUGGAUGGGUCCCCAAGUAACCUUGAAACUGAACAUCUGGACCCACAAAUGGGAGACGCAGUUAAUGUGUUAAAGCAAAAAUUUAAAGAUGAGGGGGAAUGCAUUAAGCUUCCAAAUAGCUCUCAGUUGUCCAUUUCACCAGUGGGUUGUGUAAAUGGAAAAGUUGGAGAUUUAAACAGUGUUACCAAACAUACCCCUGAUUGUUUGGGAGAAGAAUUACAAGGAAAACAUGAUGUGUUUACAUUUUAUGAUUACUCAUACCUCCAAGGCUCAAAACUCAAAUUACCAAUGAUAAUGAAACAGUCACAAAGCGAAAAAGCACAUGUGGAGGAUCCCCUGCCUCGUGGUUUUUAUUUUGAUAAAAAAUCUUGCAAAUCUAAACAUCAGACUACGGAGUUACAACCAGAUGUACCUCCCCAUGAAAGGAUUUUGGCAAGUGCAUCUCAUGAAAUGGAUCGCAUUUCAUAUAAAAGUGGCAAUAUAGAAAAGACAUUCACUGGCAUGCAGAAUGCCAAACAGCUCUCCCUUUUAUCUCGUAGUUCAUCUAUUGAGUCCCUUUCUCCAGGGGGUGAUUUAUUUGGAUUGGGCAUCUUUAAAAAUGGCAGUGACAGCCUCCAGCGAAGUACUUCUUUAGAAAGUUGGUUGACAUCCUAUAAAAGCAAUGAAGAUCUUUUUAGCUGUCACAGCUCUGGGGAUAUAAGCGUGAGCAGUGGCUCAGUUGGUGAACUAAGUAAAAGAACAUUAGAUCUCCUGAAUCGUUUGGAGAAUAUCCAGAGCCCCUCAGAGCAAAAGAUAAAGCGAAGUGUUUCUGAUAUCACUCUUCAAAGCACUUCCCAAAAGAUGUCUUUUACUGGCCAAAUGUCAUUGGACAUAGCAUCUUCUAUCAAUGAAGACUCAGCGGCAUCUCUAACAGAACUUAGCAGCAGUGACGAGCUCUCUCUUUGCUCAGAGGAUAUUGUGUUACACAAAAACAAGAUCCCGGAAUCAAAUGCAUCAUUCAGGAAGCGUCUGACUCGUUCAGUGGCUGAUGAAAGCGAUGUCAAUGUCAGCAUGAUUGUUAAUGUCUCUUGCACCUCUGCUUGCACUGAUGAUGAAGAUGACAGUGACCUGCUCUCCAGCUCUACCCUUACCUUGACUGAAGAAGAGCUGUGCAUCAAAGAUGAGGAUGAUGACUCCAGUAUUGCAACAGAUGAUGAAAUUUAUGAAGACUGCAACUUGAUGUCAGGGCUAGACUAUAUAAAGAAUGAAUUACAGACAUGGAUUAGGCCAAAAUUGUCUUUGACAAGAGAGAAGAAAAGGUGCAAUGUCAGUGAUGAGAUGAAGGGCAGUAAAGAUGUGAGUAGCAGUGAGAUGACCAAUCCCUCUGAUACUCUGAAUAUUGAGGCCCUUCUAAAUGGCUCUGUAAAACAUGUCUCUGAAAAUAAUGGAAACGGUAAGAAUUCAUCUCAUACCCAUGAGUUAGGGACAAAGAGUGAAAAUAAGAAAACUAUUUUCAAAGUUAACAAAGAUCCAUAUGUGGCUGACAUGGAAAAUGGCAAUAUUGAAGGUAUUCCAGAAAGGCAAAAGGACAAACUGAAUGGGACUUCAAAGGUAUCAGAAAAUCUUGCUUCAAAUGGGAAGGAGAUUUCAGAGAGUGAGCAUUGUAAGUGUAAAGCACUUAUGGAUAGUUUAGGUGAUUCAAAUACUGCUGGCAAGAAAUUUGUUUCCCAAGAUGUUAGACAUCUUCCGAAGAAAUGUCCAAGUCACCACCAUUUUGAAAAUCAAAGCACUGCUUCUACCCCCACUGAGAAGUCAUUCUCAGAACUGGCUUUAGAAACCAGGGUUAACAACAGACAAGACUCUGAUGCGCCAAAAUCAUCUGAUGAUGCACCGAGUAUGGCUGGAAAAUCUGCUGGUUGUUGCCUAGCACUUGAACAAAACGGAACAGAGGAAAAUGCUUCUAUCAGCGACAUUUCCUGUUGCAACUGUGAGCCAGAUGUUUUCCAUCAAAAAGAUGCCGAAGAUUGUUCCGUACACAACUUUGUUAAGGAAAUCAUUGACAUGGCUUCAACAGCCCUAAAAAGUAAAUUUCAACCUGAAAACGAAGUGGCUGCUCCUACUUCAUUAACUCAAAUCAAGGAGAAAGUGUUGGAGCAUUCUCACCGGCCCAUCCAGCUGAGAAAAGGGGACUUUUAUUCAUACUUAUCUCUGUCAUCUCAUGACAGUGAUUGUGGGGUGGUCACCAAUUACAUAGAGGAGAAAAGCAGCACUCCAUUGCCGCUAGACACUACCGACUUGGGCUUAGAUGACAAGGAAGACAUUGAAUGCUUCUUUGAGGCCUGUGUUGAGGGUGACUCUGAUGGAGAUGAGCCUUGUUUCUCUAGUGCUCCUCCAAAUGAAUCUGCAGUUCCCAGCGAAGCUGCAAUGCCACUACAAGCAACAGCAUGUUCUUCUGAGUUUGGUGAUAGUUCUCUUUUAGCUGAUGAUGCAGAUACAGUGGCUCUUUCAAGUCCUUCCUCUCAGGAAAGAGCUGAGGCUGGAAAGGAAGUGGAUGGUUUGCCCCAAACUUCCAAUGGCUGUGCAGAAAACUUAGAGUUUACUCCUUCAAAGCUUGACAGUGAAAAGGAAAGUUCAGAAAAAACAGGUGAAUCUGGAAUGCCAGAAGAACAAAACGCUGCUUCAGCCAAAUCUAAAGUUCAAGACCUCUCCUUGAAGGCAAAUCAGCCAACAGACAAGGCUGCAUUGCAUCCCAGCCCCAAAACUUUAACCUGUGAAGAAAAUCUUCUAAACCUUCAUGAAGAACGACAUAGAAAUAUGCAUAGGUAGAAUGUACCCCCUCCCCAAGCAUGAAAAUCAUCUCACUGAAAGAUACGCCUGGCUGCAACUCAGGGGUGGCCUCAUCCUCCCGCCCUGGGCUGGUCUCUGGUUCCAUCACGUUUGUCACUGCCGUUUAUUACAUUGACUUCUCCCAAGAUGAAUCUUCCUUCCAAAUGUGUUUUCUCCACACGAGCCUUGUGAUCUGAAUGUGUGCACUGGUUCUCUUUAGGUGAUCGUCUUUGAAGUUCAGCAAAGCUGCUUGUUCUCCCAUGGAUUCCUGUCCCAAGCUACCUCUACCAACCCUCUCUCUCCAGCUAGACUUUUCUGUUUGCCUCCUCCCCUCCCUUCUGCUCUUUAAAGUUCUGCAGUUCACCAACUGGUGGUCCAUUAAAUUCUCCUGUCUAGAAUGACCCCCCACCAGUACUUGACCAAUUUCAUGUUUCAAUCUGGAUUUUUUAAAAUGGUAUGAUGACUGUGUUUAUUGAAAGAGUUUUACCUAAAAAGCUAACAUUUGAAUUGAUUGCAGCAUAGAGAAGAAACACUGGUCCUUCUUUCAAAAUUAAGCAACUAUUAAAAGCGCCAUUUUAUUUAUUUCAUUUAAAAAAUAAUCUAUGCAGCAUUUCAAGAAACAACCAUAUGAUGUUGUAUAUUAUAAACUGGUGACAUUCUACUAUUGAAUUAUGUACAACAUUUUCAUUUUUUAUGCUUCUUGAGGUGGUAAUGAGAAAAACGUUUUUUAAAAAAGUGUGCCUUGCUGUAUUUCUUAUACCAUUUAUUAAAAAGCUGCUUUCACGGUAAAAUUAUGUUGGUUUGAAAGGAGGAAAUAGCAAGGUUAAGAUGUGUGAAUAAUUUCUGUAUAUAUGUAUAACCAAGUGCAAACAUUGAUGUAUAAUGACAGUAUAAAAUGCUUUCAUGUUUGUGAUGUCUAGUGAUGUGGAAAAUAUAAGCCUUAAAUCCAUUAGAUUGCAUGGUAAUUAAAAUUGGCAUAAUAAACACAGAUUAUCGGGGGAAAAGGAAAAUUAGUGAUCUCUUCUACUAUGUUCUUUACCAAAUUGUUGCAUCUGGUUCUGAAAAAGCAUAGCAUGUAGCAGCUUCCAAACAUAUUCAUAUUGCUUAAGAGGCUUAACAUUACCUAAACUAGAGACUAGACAUAAAGCCUUCAGUUUUCAAAAUCUUUCUGGUCACUAUAAGGAUCUUGGAACAGCAAAUGAUUACAUGUCAGUUCCCCUAAACCAAUAAAAAUUUAUACUAGAUUUAUUAUUUCUACUUAUCAUUAAUGAUUUGGUGUUGGAUUUCAGGAUACCUUGUAUGUCUUAAUUUAUUUUAAAUAUUUAUUUUGAAUGAGUUUGAUAGAAAACUGGUAGAAAAGUAUAGAAAAUUUGACUAUUAUUUAUAGAUUUCAGGUAUAUUUAUAUGUGUAAAAGACAUUGACAAAGAUAUAUUCCAUCUGGCCUUUACUGACUCCUGUUAAAUUCAGUUUUAAAUUUAUAUCAUAACACCUACUUAAGUGCCUGACACAGUAGGUAUUCAAUAAAAAUUUACUGAAUUAAAGGAUUAAAUUAGGUGACAUAGUGACACCUGUCCCUUUAUUUUGACACUAAAACAUGGACACAACUAGAAAAGGGUACAAUGCAAUAUAAAAUCACAAUAGAUAAUAUGUAUCAAAUUUCAAAAACGUAAAGGAUGUUGUGGGUUCACGUAGUCACAGGAAUGACAAUCAUUUAUUUAACAGAUAGUUCAGAAACACUUUUUGUCUGCAAGGCACUAUUCUAGAUCCAGAAGAUGCAAUGUGGGACAAACAGACAAAGCCCUGCCCGCAGAAGGCUCUCCUACA